AUGGAAAUCUUUGCGAGGGAAAAGAGCUCCAAGAAGCGAUGCAAUUGUGUGCAGACAGGUUGCGACCUCUACACUGACUUGAGCCUUGCAAUCCGUGUGCCAUUGGACCCCAAAUAUUCCUCGUUUACCUCUGUAUACCGGCUUGGAGCAGAUGUUCUAGUGCUUUCGCGGACAAAGAGCCCCAACUGUGGUGUUGCUUUCGGCCUACUCAAAACGCCGGGCAGACUUUCGUACGGCGCGUUGUCCAAAUAUCAGGAGGACUAG